GUUGAGCUUCAGUGUUUAAAGCGGACGUGUGCUGCUUGGUGUCCGUGCGUGGGGCUGGCAUGGCGGAGAGUCUGUGAAGCCGACUGACUGGACGCCACAAAUACACAGCAGCGGGAUGACACGAUCUAGGCUACCCGGGGCGGCCUGGCUCCUCCUCCUCGACCUCCUCCUCUGCGCCCCCUUCGGAGUGCUUCCCCAGCAGCCACUCCGACAGGAUUCGAUUCCCUUGGCUCAGGAUGCCGGCCGGACCGAUGUGCAGGAUGCGAGACAGGUCAUUGAGCUCACCUCCAAUAGCGUCGAAGAUGAUGACGUCAUUGAGGAAAGAGCUAGGUCACAGGACGCUCAAGAAAGGUCAGGGGCAUCGUUCGGGCCCGUGACGUCGCCCUUCUUCUUCAUGUGCCAAUACCCGCGCCAAGGGGAAGCCUCAGGGGUCGAGGGGCAGGACGAACUGUCGGUCAAGGUCGAGUUCGUAGGGAGCGACACGCCUGGGCAGGGCUACCAACCCCACACGAUCUAUGAGGUGGCCGUCACCUCCAGCGUUAUGUUUGACGGGUUCAUGAUCACGGGCAUACACGCGCUGACCAAGGACAUCUCGCAGACUUCGUAUCUACAUGUUCCCGCUUCGCUACACGGCGGCGCCAGUGAGGGCUUGGUGUGCGCCGUCGUCCACUCUCACAUCUCGCGGAAACCUCGCCACACUCUCGCGUUCCUGUGGAUGGCACCCCCGCCUGGCACCGGAUGCGUGGCCUUUCUCGCCCAAGGAUCCAUCGGCGAACAGAUUCUUUUCAAAGACUUAAAUGUCCUGGAAGUAUGUGAAAAAGACGCCUCCCCCGCCGGGCAGCUGCGGGCGGCGCCUCCGGGCCUGUCCGGACUCGCGCUCCCCGGCUUCGUCUUCCGCGAGGACUUCGAGGACGGCCCCCUCGACGGACGCGUCUGGAACGAAAUGCGCGGAGGCGAGGUCAGGCGAGGUCACGCAGGUCAGGGGUCAAGCGCCUCCUUCUUCGAGGCUGAGAGUUCCAUUUCGACCGUCCCUCUCGACCUCUCCUCGGCGCGCCACCUGCAGUUCACCCUCGGCGGAGGAGCCUGCGCCGACCACGCCCCCGUACAGCUGCUUCUCGGCACAGCGCUGCCGGAGACGCAGGCGGGGGAGUAUCUGCCCGUGCGAGGACCCCAGAAGUACCUGACCCACGGGCCCGUCGUCAGCGCCUACACCAGCAACCACGACGACCUCAACUCCGGCAGCGGAGGAGGCUCGGGCGAAGGAAGUCGCGACGCCGUGUCCUUCGGGCCUCACGCAGGCGACCCGCUGGCAGGACUCGUGCUGGGGACCGAGUGCGCGUCGUGGCAGGAAGCCCAUGGUUACAGCCCGAGCGGUUCCGGCGAAGUGCAUCUGCAAGUGAUUCCUCUCCGCUUCCGCCGCCGCGGCGUCUGCGUCGCCUGGCGGAGCGCUCCCAUUGGUGGAAACGCCUCUGUCUGCUGGUCUCUAGACGACGUCGCAUUGGCUACCCACGAGUCCUCGUCUGAACCAAUCAGCGACGACUUCGACCCCGUGGAUCCUUCUCAUUGGUUUUUCUUCCCGGGGGCGAGUGUAAAGAUCCCCUCAUUUUGUACCAAAUCUGUCUCCUUUUGA